ACAAAGUGAAAGAAAGAAGAGCAAGAAAACCAAAAUACCCCCCACCUCCCAUAAAUUAACAAUUAACCAAAAACAUAAAAUAAAUUCAUAAUUUUCAUUUUCAGUUUCUGAGUAUUUUUCUUAUCACCACCAUUUCCUUUCUCCAUUUCCAUAGCUUCAUUUUCCUUCUUUCUCUCUCCUAGCCUACUCUCUUUCAUAAUGUCCAUUCCAUUUUCUCUCUCUAAACCUCCAUUUUUAUGUGGGUUUUUUGAGUUUCUUUUUUGAUACACCUUUUUGGGCACUACUCUUCCGAUCUCACUCUUCUCUUUUUUAAGGCUCUGAAAUGAAUGGAACUCAAUUGAAUAGUAAUGCUCCUGGUUCUGGGAAGCCUGUGCCAGGAUGUUUGGGAAGAAUGGUCAAUCUCUUUGAUUUAACAUCCAACAUAUCUGGAAAUCGGCUUCUCACAGACAAGCCUUAUAAUGAUGGUUCUCCUUUGUCGAGAAGUCGGUCAGAUGUCUCUAGGAUGUCAAGUGUUGCUAUUGAUGAGAUGGAAGAUAAUAUGAUGAUGUCUGAUUUAAGACAGUCUUCAUCGAACAGAAAGCCUAAUGCAACUCCUGUAAAAAUGUUGAUAGCUCAAGAAAUGUCACAGGACUUGGAAUCGAAACAAAGGUCACCAAAUGUGGUGGCAAAGUUGAUGGGACUUGACGUAAUUCCUCAGCCGCAGUCUGAUCUUCCUGCCCAGAGGAUUCAAUCAAGAUUGUAUCCCCGAAAUAGUCAUUCGGAGAUACCUACAGGAUAUUGGCAGGAUGAACAUGGUUUUUUCAGCAAGCAAAUUGAUUGUGAUGUUCAUUCUCACCGAGAUCAGGAUGACUAUAAGGACAUAUAUGAGGUAUGGCAGUCUCAAAGAACAAACUGUAGAAGAGAUAAAUCGCCUCAACAGGGAAGGUUCACCGAAAAUGUAAAUGAGAAAAGGCUGGCACUUAUUCGUCAGAAGUUUUUGGAAGCAAAACGCCUUGCCGCUAAUGAGAAGUCACGGCAAACUCAGGAGUUCCAGGAGGCUUUAGACGUGUUGAGCUCCAAUGGUGACUUAUUUCUCAAAGUUCUGCAAGCGCCCAAUUCUUUGUUUUCUCAACAUCUUUCUGUCGGGCAGUCAGCUUCUCCGUCUCCACAGACCAAGCGGAUUACUGUCCUUAAACCUUCUAAAAUGGUAAGUGAUGAUAAAUUUUCUGCAUCACCCAUUAAGCGGAAUGAAAAGCAAGUAAAGAAGCAAGUUUCCCGAAAUCAAGUUAACAUAUGGGAUAGCCAGCAUCCUGGAUUUCCACCUACUAUAUCAUCUUGGAAAGUUAAUGAUAGUUUUAUUCGGCCUACUCGGAUAGUUGUUUUGAAACCUAGCCCUGCUAAGGCUAAUGAACCCAAGGCAGUUAUCUCUUCAACCCCAUCCUCACCACGGGUUCUACCAAGUGAGAAUUUUUUUGAGGAACCAGAAGAUGAAGAGGCCCGAGAAGCAAGGGAAGUAGCAAAGGAAAUCACACAGCAGAUGCGUGAAAAUCUGGCAGGUCAUCGACGAGAUGAAACCUUACUUUCUUCAGUAUUCUCUAAUGGCUAUACUGGAGAUGAAAGCUCUUCUGAAAAAUCUGAUAAUGAAUUUCCCGCAGAAAAUCUUACUGAUUCUGAAGUAAUGUCCCCAACAUCAAGGCAUUCUUGGGACUAUGUUAAUAGAUUUGGUAGCCCAUUUUCUUCAUCUUUUAGUCGUGCAUCCUAUUCCCCCGAGUCAUCGGUCUGUAGAGAAGCUAAGAAGAGACUUUCUGAGAGAUGGGCCAUGAUGGUAUCAAAUGGGAAUAAUAAUCUUGACCAAUGGCCUGUUCGAAGAAGUUCAAGUACUCUAGGCGAAAUGCUUGCACUUUCUGAGGUAAAGAAAUCUGAAAUAUGUGAAGAAGAGGAUGACUACAAAGAUCAAGUUCCAAGGGGUUCAACUUCUGUCCUAAGCAGCCAUAUGGGUGCCAGAGAAAGUGGAUUUGAUUCACCCAGGAAUCUAUUGAGAUCAAAAUCUGUUCCUGUUUCAUCUACAGCUUAUGGGGAUAGGCUAAAUGUUGAAGUCACGAGUCGAGCACUUUGCAAGGAGGUUCCGAAGGAUAUAGUUAAGCCAAAAGAGUCGAAGACAUCUUUUACCGGGAAGGUCACAAGUUUGUUUUUCUCAAGGAAUAAAAAAUCUAGGAACGAGCAGUCUAGUACCGUGCUUUCUGAUGAAGAAUCUCAAUUGGCAACAGCUGAAACACCAGGAUUGUUGGCACCUCCUGCAAGGACCAGCAAUGACCAUCCAGAGUUGGUUCUUUCCCCUCCAUCAUGGUCUCAUACAGGACCUAUUAUGACAGAUCUGAGUGAUUCGAGACUCGGGAAAGGCUUAUGCUAUCAGCAGCAAGGAGCAUCUGUAUUGCAAGGGGAGAAUCAGGAACAGCCCAGCCCGAUAUCAGUUCUGGUACCUCCAUUUGAAGAGGAUGGUGCCUUGCUCGGGUGCUCACGUAGAAUUGAGCCGGAUGCACAUGGAGAUCAUAUGCCUCCGUGUCUUGGCAAGUCUAACCUGAUCGAUAAGUCACCGCCCAUUGGGUCAAUUGCAAGGACCUUAUCCACAUCAUGGGAUGAAUCCUUUGCAGAAACCGCCACCAACUAUCCUAUGAAUUCCCCAUUUGUGUCCCCUGGUAAGGAGGACGAUGAGGUUGAAUAUCAAUACUUAGUUCAAUCCCUACUAACGAUGGCAGGCCUCGAUGAAGAGGGACAACUUGGUCCAAAUCUUUCCAAAUGGCACGCCCCAGAUAGCCCAUUAGAUCCUGUCUUAAGGGAUAAAUUCACAGACCUAAGCACCAAAGAACCAUUGCAUGAAGCCAAAAGGAGGCAACUAAGAUCGAUCCGAAAACUAGUUUUUGACUGUGUAAACGCGGCACUGGUCGACAUAACAGGCUUCGGAGCCACCGCCGGCAGUUGGGUUGGAGUCGGUACGGGGACAGGCCAUACAAAUCGAUACUCGAAAAGCGGGUCCGGUAUGGCAUUGGCCGAUAAAGUGUGGGCCUGGAUGAAGGAAUUGUUGCCUAGUAAAGUCAACUACUUUUCAGUUGAUUGUGGGGACACCCACAAUAGCUUGGUGGAAAGGCUGGUGAGGAUGGAAGUUAUAGGCAAAGUAUGGAAAGAAAAAAUAAAUUUACAUGUUGAUAGUUUAGCCAAGGAAAUUGAAGAGAAGCUUCUGGAAGAACUUGUUGAGGAGUCUCUGAUUGAAUGUACCUGGUAGAGACUAGAGAUGUGAUUAUUGAGUUGAGUGUAUAAUUGAAAAAUAUGCCUACUUUUUUCCCUUAAUUUUUUUAUUAUUUUGAUCAUUAUUACUCCUUAAUUAAUCAUUUUUAUGAUUUAAGUGUAUUAUUUUUGUGUAUGAAUGUUAACUAACUCCACCCUACAUUUACUAAUUCUUCCCUCAUUUUACUGAUCUGUUUUGCAAAUAUGUUGUAUUCUUCCCUCAUUUUAAGGUCAUGUCUAAACUACAGAGAGUGUAUAGACUUGAUUUACACUAUUUUAGGGUGUAUAAAUGGAACAAAAAUUGUAAGUUUUUCCACUUAAUAAGUACAA